CCCCCCCCCCCCCCCAGCAAAUCCUAUAUCACACAAAUAGAAUUACACACUCAUGAAGAAGAGAAACGGAUUAUUACACUUCAAACAAGAAACACACAAAUUAAAUUGCAAAAACAAAUUGCAUUAGUACUGUACAAAGUUAGAGGUGCGCUAUUUGAUAGAUUCCCCCGCUCCCCCUACCUCGCUUCCAGUGGGGAGACCUGAGGUCAACCUACCUCGCCCCAUCCCCAUCUCGUACUUCUGAGUGGGAGACCUUCCCAGGCAGUAGCCUGCCUAGCUCACAAACUAGAAUCAGGGCGCCCACUCUGACAAGGUUAAUUGACCCACAGUCCCACACGGCGACAUUAUAUCAUUGACGUGACAUGCAAAUGAGCGAUAGAAAACCGAUCGCGCAAAUGUCAGCAUUCAGAAUUGUUGACAUUUUUUUGUGUGGGCGCCCCAUGCCGCCCCCGGCAGAUGCCGCCAUGUCACCUAUGAAUAAAUCUGCCACUGCGGAUAUGCUUCAGACAGACCGACAACUACAUUUCCUCUCAGAUUAGAGAUAAGGAUUUGCAAUGCUGUUUGCCACUUACUGUAUCCAGUUCGCCACAUAAUUGGAAUGUGUAAUAAAUCAAUUGAUAUAAAAAGCCAUGCAAGAUUUACCAGGCAUAGGCCAACAGUAUCAGGCAUCUACACUCCCUGUGCGUUCUACUGUAGUCUUUCCAUAUUUGUCUCUACCAAUUUCCCAGUGUCCACAUUAAUAAAGACUGUCAGUGUGACAACAGCUGUCUGCAUGGUGUUAUCACUGGGCUUGUAAUCACCAUGCCUGUUGGCAUUAUUUGAAGCCAGCCAUGUUUGGAACUAACAAAGUGGUGCCCCUAUAAAACCCCAGGGACCAGUGUGCAGGGGGUUAUGGCUUUGGUGAAUUAGUGUUCAUUUGACUGAUUGAGAAACUUGAUUAUGAACCUAGAGGAGUCACUGCUGUUGUUUAAGAAUGGGUACUGCCAUCCCCUCACUGUCACCACUGUAGAAGUGAGAUAUGUACAUGUACAGUAGAUGCUGAUUACUUAUAAACCAAACCACCAUGUUUUGUCAUUGUCAAUGACAUGAGGAGGGAUUUGGUUGAUUGAGUUAUUUUGGGGACCAUUACGGCUGGUGUCAAACUUAGGGGGUGCUUCAAUGUCACAACUGAAAACUAUUGUUCAUUGUAAAUAGUCAUAACAAUUGUCAAUAAUGCUAACGUUACUGUAUAACGUUAUACUCAUAGAAAUGUAUUCUGUUUCUAUGGUUUUACUAUACCAUGGUGACUGUUUGAAAACAACAGUUGAAAAAAGUACAUUUCACUUUCUAAAUGAGCAGCAAGAAAAUGAUUGAAGACUGUAUUUAUGUACUCUGAAAAAAGAAAGAACGUUGAACAUAUGAUGAUCCUUAUACAACUUGAUGAAUUGACUUACAAUUGACAUUUUUCUUGUUAUAUUCCCAUCCAUUCAUUAUAUAAAACAUUUUGCGUUUACUUUGUGUUAUUAUAUAGUACGGCUGUCAGAGUUAAUCAGUUAACUUGAGUUAACUUUUUGUAAUUUUAGUGCACACGUGAUUAAUCGCAUUGUCUGAAAGCAUUGAAAAAAAAACGGAAAAUAUCCAACAUACAUAAAAACAACAAUUUUAUGUCAAAACAAGUUGACAUUGAGGUUAAAGAAAGUAUGCUUGAUCAAUUUACCUGAUUUUGCUUACCAGUACUUUGGACAAAAUCAAGACGCCAAUAUUCUUAAAAUGCUUUUUGUAUGAACAUUCUUAAAUUACAGCUCAAUUUGAGCAAAUUCUGAAUUUGAGGUUGAGAUUAAUCGCUGCAAAUCCUGCUAUUAACUCAAUUGCAUUUUUUUAAAUCGUUUGACAGCCCUAUUAUGUUUAAUGAAGCCAGGUGGCUCUUUGUGUUUAAUAAAUACUAAAUGUGAACUAUACAUUGUGAUAGUAGGCUUAGUAAAUGUAUAACUAUUUUCAUAUAACUGAGUGGUUCAGUUCAUUUGACCUUACAUUAGAGGAGUAGCCUAGGCCUAGAAAAGUUUCCAUUGUUCUCUGUACCCCGCUCACUAAUUCACUUGACUUGUAUAUUCAUAAACCAAGUUGUUAACAAUUAGCCAAAUGGUUUGGACAUUAUUAUAUAUAUUUUUUAUCUGUGGACUAUUCCAAUUUGAUUUUGCAUUGUCUAUUAUCUUGUAGUGGGCAAUUAAGUCGGACACACAACCACAAUAAACACUUUAUCAACCAUGUGGCCAAACUUUGUCAAUAUUGACAAGAUUACGCACAGUAAACGUAGGUUAUUUUAGAGAUAGGUCUGGUCAACCUUUGGCACCUGACGUUUGUUUGCGCAUAGUGAAUCCAGAGUGAGUUGCCCUCGCAAAGGAUGAAAAUGAACUAUUACUAUUCUGUCUUGUUUGAUACAACUGCACUACGAGUGAGUGUUGAGAACCAAAUAAACUCUAGUUUCAUAUAGGCUGUAGAAGUAAAACAACAAGUCAUCCGCGUCGAGGAGGACUAAAACACCGGAGUCUACUGUUGUACUUGACAAGGUCCCCUAAAUCAAGCCGCAAUUCUGCAUUGUAACCAGUCUUCAGAGAUGUCUUCAACACUUCCAAACAGCCCCCUGACCACCUUUGUGUUGAACACAGGUGACGGAGUCCCAGGGGCAAGAAUGGCCCUCAGUCUGCACCGCCUGGACUCACUCCUAGUCAUCUGGAACCUAGUGACUGUGGGAACCACCGACGAAGAUGGUCGCUGUCCUGGACUCAUCACUACAAAAGCGUUCACGCCUGGGAUGUAUAAGAUGCGUUUUGAGACUGGACAAUAUUGGGAGAGUUUGGGUCACAACUCCUUCUACCCAUAUGUUGAGAUUGUCUUCACUAUAACAAACCCAAACGAGAGAUUCCACUUGCCCCUGCUCCUGAGCCGCUUCUCCUAUAGCACGUACAGGGGAAGUUAGAGCCAUCUCUCGUCUGAGCCUCUGCCCGCACUAUACCAUGGAUGUGGUUAAUCGAGCUAAAAUGCUUACAUGUCCAGUUGAUACCUAAGUGGCCGAGUUACUGUAGUUUGAAAUAGUCAUGAUGAUGAACUGAAGUGAAAUGGCUAUCACGUGCUGAAUAUUUUGCUUUUUGUCUGUUCAUCAUGAACGUACAUAUUUUGUAAUCUACCUGUCAAAUUGCUCAUCCAUGAUGCAAUGUGCGUGUGUGUUUCUCAGCCAAUCACAGAGCAAGAUCGAGCUCCGCAGAAAGACGUCCUAUGUCGUCCUAUUCGCGCAUAAAUGAAAUAAAGUUAAUUAAAGCUGUAAA